GCCCUCCCCGCAGCUUUCAGAUGUGACAGCAUGGGGGUGGACUUUGACGUGAAGACUUUCUGCCACAACUUACGGGCAACUAAGCCACCGUACGAGUGCCCCGUGGAGACCUGCCGCAAGGUCUACAAGAGCUACAGUGGUAUCGAGUACCACCUGUAUCACUAUGACCACGACAACCCGCCACCCCCGCAGCAGACCCCGCUCCGCAAGCACAAGAAGAAGGGGCGUCAGUCACGUCCAGCCAACAAGCAGUCCCCUAGCCCCUCAGAGGUGUCACAGUCACCAGGCCGUGAGGUGAUGAGCUACGCACAGGCCCAGCGCAUGGUGGAGGUGGACCUGCAUGGCCGCGUCCACCGCAUCAGCAUCUUUGACAACCUAGAUGUGGUGUCAGAGGACGAGGAAGCCCCCGAGGAGGCCCCUGAGAAUGGCAGCAACAAAGAGAACACUGAGACACCGGCUGCUACUCCCAAGUCAGGCAAGCAUAAGAACAAGGAGAAGCGCAAGGACUCCAACCAUCACCACCACCAUAACGCUUCUGCCAGCGCCACUCCCAAGCUGCCAGAGGUGGUGUACCGGGAGCUGGAGCAGGACACCCCCGAUGCCCCACCCCGGCCAACUUCCUACUACCGGUACAUUGAGAAGUCCGCAGAGGAGCUGGAUGAGGAAGUGGAGUAUGACAUGGAUGAAGAGGACUACAUCUGGCUGGAUAUUAUGAACGAACGGCGGAAGACAGAGGGUGUGAGUCCCAUCCCACAGGAGAUCUUUGAGUACCUAAUGGACCGGCUGGAGAAGGAGUCCUACUUCGAGAGUCACAACAAAGGCGACCCCAAUGCUCUAGUGGACGAGGAUGCUGUGUGCUGUAUCUGCAACGACGGAGAGUGCCAGAACAGCAACGUCAUCCUCUUCUGUGACAUGUGCAACCUGGCCGUGCACCAAGAGUGCUACGGUGUCCCUUAUAUCCCCGAGGGCCAGUGGCUAUGUCGCCGUUGCCUACAGUCACCCUCCCGCGCUGUGGACUGUGCCCUGUGCCCUAACAAGGGUGGUGCCUUCAAGCAGACAGAUGACGGGCGCUGGGCCCACGUGGUGUGUGCCCUGUGGAUCCCCGAGGUCUGCUUUGCCAACACGGUCUUCCUAGAGCCUAUCGACAGCAUCGAGCACAUCCCGCCAGCUCGCUGGAAGCUCACCUGCUACAUUUGCAAACAGCGGGGCUCAGGAGCCUGCAUCCAGUGCCACAAGGCCAACUGCUACACGGCCUUCCACGUGACAUGCGCCCAGCAGGCCGGCCUUUACAUGAAGAUGGAGCCUGUGCGGGAGACAGGGGCCAAUGGCACCUCCUUCAGCGUCCGCAAGACAGCCUACUGUGACAUCCACACACCCCCAGGCUCGGCGCGCCGCCUGCCUGCACUGUCCCACAGCGAGGGUGAGGAGGAUGAGGAAGAAGAAGAGGACGAGGGUAAGGGCUGGAGCUCAGAGAAGGUCAAGAAAGCCAAGGCCAAGUCUCGGAUCAAGAUGAAGAAGGCACGGAAGAUCUUGGCGGAGAAGCGGGCAGCAGCACCUGUGGUGUCAGUGCCCUGCAUCCCACCACACAGGCUCAGUAAAAUCACCAACCGCCUGACCAUCCAGAGGAAGAGUCAGUUCAUGCAGAGGCUGCACAGCUACUGGACACUGAAACGCCAGUCACGGAACGGAGUCCCGCUGCUACGUCGCCUGCAGACACACCUGCAGUCGCAGAGGAACUGUGACCAAGUUGGGAGAGAUUCUGAGGAUAAGAACUGGGCUCUCAAAGAACAGCUGAAGUCCUGGCAGCGGCUCCGGCAUGACCUAGAGCGAGCUCGGCUGCUGGUGGAACUGAUCCGCAAGCGGGAAAAACUCAAACGGGAGACGAUCAAGGUCCAGCAGAUUGCCAUGGAGAUGCAGCUGACCCCUUUCCUCAUCCUCCUUCGCAAAACCUUGGAGCAGCUCCAAGAGAAGGACACAGGCAACAUCUUCAGCGAGCCGGUCCCUCUGUCUGAGGUACCUGACUACCUAGACCACAUCAAAAAACCCAUGGACUUUUUGACCAUGAAGCAGAACUUGGAAGCUUACCGCUACCUGAACUUUGAUGAUUUUGAGGAGGAUUUCAACCUCAUCGUCAGCAACUGCCUCAAAUAUAACGCCAAGGACACCAUCUUCUACAGGGCAGCAGUGCGGCUUCGUGAGCAGGGUGGUGCUGUGCUCCGCCAGGCCCGGCGCCAGGCAGAAAAAAUGGGCAUUGACUUUGAGACGGGCAUGCAUAUCCCCCACAGCCUGGCUGGAGACGAGGCCCCACACCACACUGAAGAUGGAUGAGGUGAAUGCCAGCAAGCAGAGCGUGGGCCGCUCAAGGCGUGCAAAGAUGAUCAAGAAAGAGAUGACAGCGCUGCGGCGGAAGCUGGCCUACCAGCGGGAGACAGGACGGGAUGGGCCUGAGCGGCAUGGCCCCUCGAGCCGAGGCAGUCUGACACCCCACCCGGCAGCCUGUGACAAGGACGGGCAGACCGACAGUGCCGCGGAGGAGAGCAGCAGCCAGGAGACAAGCAAAGGCCUGGGUCCCAACAUGUCCUCAACCCCCGCACAUGAGGUGGGCAGGAGAACCUCAGUUCUGUUCUCCAAAAAGAACCCGAAGACAGCUGGACCGCCCAAGAGGCCGGGCCGGCCCCCCAAAAACCGGGAGAGCCAGAUGACCCCCAGCCACGGAGGCAGUCCUGUGGGGCCCCCCCAGCUCCCCAUCAUGGGCUCCCUGCGUCAGCGCAAGCGGGGUAGGAGCCCCCGGCCCAGUUCGAGCUCAGACAGCGACAGUGAUAAGUCCACAGAAGACCCCCCAAUGGACUUACCAGCCAACGGCUUCAGCGGUGGAAACCAACCAGUGAAGAAGAGUUUCCUGGUAUACCGGAAUGACUGUAGCCUUCCCCGGAGCAGCUCAGACUCCGAAUCCAGCAGCAGUAGCAGCAGCAGCGCUGCCUCAGACCGGACCAGCACAACGCCCUCAAAACAAGGCCGCGGCAAGCCCUCCUUCUCUCGAGGCACAUUUCCAGAGGACAGUAGUGAGGAUACCUCAGGCACUGAGAACGAGGCCUACUCCGUGGGCACUGGCCGCGGCGUGGGCCACAGCAUGGUGAGGAAGAGUCUGGGCCGGGGAGCUGGCUGGCUGUCAGAGGAUGAGGACUCCCCUCUGGACGCUCUGGACCUCGUGUGGGCCAAAUGCCGAGGGUAUCCAUCAUACCCAGCUCUGAUCAUUGAUCCAAAGAUGCCCCGAGAAGGUAUGUUUCACCAUGGGGUUCCCAUCCCUGUGCCCCCACUGGAGGUGCUGAAACUUGGGGAGCAGAUGACCCAGGAAGCCCGAGAGCAUCUCUACCUCGUUCUCUUCUUUGACAACAAACGAACCUGGCAGUGGCUGCCCAGGACCAAGCUGGUUCCUCUGGGUGUGAACCAGGAUUUAGACAAGGAGAAGAUGCUGGAGGGCCGCAAGUCCAACAUCCGCAAGUCAGUACAGAUCGCCUACCACAGGGCUCUGCAGCACCGCAGCAAGGUGCAGGGUGAGCAGAGCAGCGAGACCAGCGACAGUGACUGAUGACUGCCAGCACAGCGCAACCUUCAGUGCCCUAUGACCUCUCCUUCCCUUUGCUCACUGACCUGGAGUGGCACCGGCCUCUGCACUGACUCAUUCCUGGUCUUGGGGCCAGUCUCAGGGGAAGCUGGGUGGGGGAGGUCCCUCCUGCCCUGAGUGCAGCUGGACUGUACAGAACACUCCAAGGGCCCAUGGCAGCGCAGCGCAAGAGGGAAUAUCCCACAGGUUUAAAUAGCUCCAGAGACCUCAGCAUUGUAGGGCAGAGUGGUGGGCCAAGGUUAGGACACUGCAUAAAACAGGCCAUCCCACCACCUCUGCCUGCUCAUGCCAGGAAAAUCCCUAACUGCCUAGAGACCUGAGGCCCCUGCAGGUAGUGAGAUGACCAGACAUCUGCCCAGCCUAGCAGUGGAACUGAUGUCUGUCUAGCCUGGAAGAGGGGCACUAGGUGACCCCCUCCCCUGCUGUUGUAAAUACUGUAAUUAUCGGAGAAUUUAAAUUAUUCUCAUUUGUAACUGCGUUUCCGGGUCGCGCCAGAGUCAUUUGGUACUAAAAAUAAACUGGGGCUUGUCCCCACAUCCCUUCUCUUUCCCAUAGAUUUCCCCCACCUUUCAAACUUGUUUGUAUUUAUUUCAAAGGAAGAAAAUAUAUUGAUUCUUAGAAA